UCACUUUCAAAAAAUUGGGUUUGCAUCAUGUUGCCCUUUCGUCUGUGUCGGCAACAUGUGCAUCCUAAACACGUAUCAAAAGUGAUAUAUGUACGGCAAAUCAAGACAGGCUACCAGGCAGUUGAUACUUUAGCCGACAAAGCCACGUUUGGUAAAAUUGACAGCGUAAUACAGUGGUAUGAGGACAAAUUCGGGCUGUCGGAAGUACGCAGAGCACAGGAAGAAGCCAUUAAGGCUCGUCAAAGAUGCAUGGACCUACAAAAGAAAAGAAUAGAGAAUGUUAAAGAAUACUUAGAAAUCCAGAAAGAAAUGGAGAGUGUUGUUAAAGAAAUAAUGCAAACUGAAAGAGGAACAGAUAGAUACGUGCAGCUGGCUAUACAAGAAAACGAAAUAAUCAAAAGAAAAAAUGAGGUCAAACCUCUAUUAGAAAUGAUGGAAGAGGAGGAAAAAUUAGCGUUUGAUUAUUACAAUUCCAAAGUGAGUGAGAGCCACGAAAAAGAGAGAUUGAGGACAGAAAACUUUAAGUUGUACUAUCUUUGUUGGUCCAUAGCUGCGGUAGGUUUAGGUUUAUUAGCUAAUUUUAUUUACAAUCGACACAAGAAUAAAGAGUUUAGGGAUAUAGUUUUAUCCGCAACUGGAUCCGCAGAUGACUACAAAAAGAUGACCAACGACUUGAUAAAGAUGGUACAAGACCAGCAGAAAGAGAUCCGAGGAUUUUUCAAUGAAGUCAGAGGUGCUUCAAAUGACUCUAAAAGUUUUAAAGACCUCCAAGCUACAGCUCAUGUGCAGAGUUCUGAAAAUAUCUCUGAUGUUCUGAAAGGAAUUAAAAGUAAUCAUGAACUUUUGAUAAAGGAGUUAGGUGAUUUGAAGAAAGUGACAGGAAUUAACAAAGCAAAGACAAAUGCUGAUAAUGUAGUGUAUGUAGGACCAGAGGUCAAGGAUUUGUUAAGUGAAACUGAAAGCAAUAUUCAGUGGACUGUAAAGAUUGGAAGUUUAGCAUCUGUGACAGUUUUGUAUGGUGCUCUAGCUUUGACAAUUCCUCUUAUCAUGAAACUGUUUAAAGGAGAAUGAUAUGUAUUCCUAGGUCAUUUAUUUUUUCAGAAAGCUAAUUAACAUUACUUUUUAUAUAUAUAAAACUUAUUUUUUGUAUAUAAGCCCUUUAAAAAAUGCUGUUUAUCAAUGAAUUGACAGUUUAAAUCUUAAUUAUUUCUAUUAGAUUGAAACCGAAACAAAAAUAAUGAAAUGACUACACUAGAUUAUAUUGUUUUAAAUUUGUUAUAUAUUAUAUUGUUAAAGAGGAAUUCAUAUUUGCAAAAACUACUUGUUUGAUAUGCUUCCUGUGUAAUUAAAUGUGUUCUGGUACAUGCACUACUGUAUAAAACUUUGUUAAUGAUUGAGAAAAUCAAGGAAUCUUAUUUUCACUGUUGUCUAACCU